AUGCCGCCCGCCAGGCAUCUCGUCCUCGCACUCGCCACAUUUUUCGCGCUGCUUCCCCUCGCACUCGCUGUCAAGCACGAGGACUUUAGGCAAUGCUCACAGGCCUCCUUCUGUCGCAGACUUAGGUCCAUCGGUGCCAAGCAGGAAGCUGCUGGCAAGAGCUUCCAGUCGCCCUACUCUGUGGCUGAUCCCAUCCCAUCAGAGUCUGGUGGAUCGUGGAACUGGCACGUCAGCUCCUCGCUCUACCCCCAGAUCCAAUUCGAGCUUCGUGUCGACAUCCUCCAGCAGGGCGAUGGUAUUGCCCGUGUGCGAGUCGACGAGGUGGAGUCCUCUACGCCCUUUGAGAGGUAUAACGAGACUGCUCGAUGGGUCUUACUCGACACUGAACCCGCUCUCGACGCGUCUGCUAGUAUAAAGACGAGCAACGGUAAGAGCGUGAUCACCUACGGCCCUUCGUCCUCGCUCUCGCUCGAGAUUGUCCACUCCCCGCUCAAGAUCACUCAACUCCGCAACGGCAAGCCCGAGAUCGUCUUUAAUGACCGUUCUCUCUUCCACAUGGAGCAUUUCCGCGUCAAGGACGUCGAAGCUCAAGUGAGCGAGGGCGAACAGGUUGUCCUGGGUGGUGACGCCCUUGACAGGAGUUGGUUUGAAGAGAGCGACGCCGAUGCAUUCACCGAAAAGUGGAAGAAGUGGACAGACAGCAAGCCCAAAGGCCCCGAGGGUCUUUCCAUCGACAUUUCUUUCCCUGGUGUGCAGCACAUCUACGGUUUGCCAGAACAUGCUUCACCCCUCUCUCUCCCCGACACCAUCGGCCCCAACGCCCACUACUCUGAUCCUUACCGUCUCUACAAUGUCGACAUUUUCGAGUACCUUGCCGAUUCGCCCAUGGCUCUCUACGGUGCCGUCCCUCUGGUCCAUGCACACAACAAAGAUCACUCUGUGGCUGUCCUCAACCUCGUCGGGUCAGAUACCUACGUCGAUGUGUUGCACGACAAGGAAGGCACCAAGACGCACUGGAUCUCUGAAUCUGGUAUCCUUGAUCUCCUUCUUCUACCCGGUCCUAACCCCGACGGACUGUUCAAGCAGUAUGCGCUCCUCGCAGGGGGCACACCUCUGCCCCCGCAAUGGUCUACGGCGUACCACCAGUGCAGGUGGAACUAUAACGACCAGGAUGACGUGUUGACUGUCGACAGCGAGUUCGACAAUGCCGAUAUGCCUUUGGAUGUUACGUGGUUGGAUAUCGAGUAUGCGGAGGAGCACAGGUACUUUGACUGGAACAAGAAGGUGUUUCCUGAUCCUGUUGCCAUGCUUGAGGCCGUCGCUUCCAAAGGCAGAAAGAUGGUAGCCAUCAUCGACCCUCACAUCAAAAAGACCGACGACUUCCGCAUCUACUCUGACGCCAAGGACCUCGAUGUCCUCAUGAAGAAGCCCGACGGCUCCAACUUUGAAGGUUGGUGCUGGACCGGCUCUUCCGUCUGGGUCGACUUUUUCAACCCCAAGGCUUGGGAAUGGUGGACGAGGAUGUUUAAUCUCCAGACAUGGAAGGACUCGACGAAUGCCUUGUUUGUCUGGAAUGAUAUGAAUGAGCCGUCAGUGUUUGAUGGGCCAGAGAUUAGCGUGCCGAGGGAUACGGUGCAUGCUGGGGGAUGGGAGAACCGUGAUGUGCACAACAUCAACGGCAUGCUUUUCCACAAUCAAACUGCCGAAGCUCUGAUCGCGCGAGAGUCACCCGCCAAGAGGCCUUUCGUCCUCUCCCGAUCCUUCUUUGCUGGCUCUCAGCGCUUUGGUGCUAUCUGGACUGGCGACAACCUCGGUGACUGGGAACAUCUCGCCGGCGAAACCGCCAUGCUACUCAGCAACAACAUUGCCGGCAUGUCUUUCUGUGGCGCCGAUGUUGGUGGAUUCUUCGGUAACCCCUCCCACGAGCUUCUUGUCCGAUGGUACCAAGCCGGUGCUUUCAUGCCCUUCUUCCGUGCCCAUGCCCACAUCGAUACCAAACGCCGAGAACCGUAUCUCUUCGAAGAGCCGACUCGGGGAUAUCUGAAAGACAUUCUCAGAUUGAGGUACAAGCUUCUGCCCGUUUGGUAUAACGCCUUCAAGGAGGCUGCUGUUUGGGGUUUGCCCAUCAUCAGGCCGCAAUACGCCGUGUUCCCUGAUGACGACAAGGGGUAUGCUAUUGACGACCAGUACUAUGUUGGUGGAGAAGGCCUCUUGGUGAAGCCUGUCACUGUGGAGGGUGCUGUGACUACAGAAGUCUACAUCUCUGACGACCAACCGUACUAUGACUUCUUCACCCACCGCCUCUACCCAUCCUCUCCCCGUACGACCCUCACUCUCCACACCCCUCUUUCCACCUUCCCCGUCCUCCUUCAAGGAGGCCACAUCAUCCCCAACCGUCCCCGCCCCCGACGCUCUUCCCCACUGAUGUGGCAAGACCCCGUCGAACUCAUCAUCUCUGUCGGAAAAGACGGCAAGGCGCAAGGCCAGCUGUAUCUCGAUGACGGAGAGGGCUAUGGGUAUGAGCAAGGCGAAUUUGUGUGGAAAAAGUUUGAGCUCAAUAAUGGCAAGCUGGUGGGCCGAGACCACGAGGAGAGCGGGAAGAAGGGUUCGGCUGUGACAGUGUUCAACCCGGACAACGCUUUUGCGCAGGCUGUCGCGGACGUCAAGAUCAAUUCGAUCGUCGUCCUCGGUCUUUCUGCCAAGCCUCGAUCGAUCGUGUUCAAGUCUACGGGCGCGCAGGUCGAGUUUGAGUGGGAGGAUGGCAAGGCUGCCAAGGGUAAGAAGGAGGGCAAGGCUAGCGAGCUGAGGGUGAAGAACCCUGGUGUGUCGGUGGUUGAGGAUUGGGAGAUUGUGAUCCAGUAG